AUGGGAGGUAAAGAACAAAGGCGCGGACUGGAGUACUGGUGGAUUAUUCGGCUGUUUUCGUUGCUGGUUUGCUUUGAUCGUGUGUCGGCACAGAUACGGUAUUCCAUUCAAGAAGGGGUGAAGGAAGGAUUUACCGUUGGAAACGUUGCUAAGGAUCUAGGACUUGAUGUCAGUACAUUGAAAGAGAGACGAUUUCGUAUCGUUUCUGGAUCUAAUGACGCGCUGUUUCAGGUAAAUCAGAACAAUGGUGUAUUGUAUGUCAGUAAUACCAUCGACCGAGAGGAGCUGUGUGAUAACGUAGUUUGUUUGAUUAACCUAAAACUAGUCGUCGAAAACCCCCUUGAGAUACAUUAUGUUGGAGUCGAAAUAGCGGAUAUAAAUGAUAACUCUCCUACGUUCCCAGAGAAAGAGCAACAUUUUGAGAUAGCGGAGCACACAGCCAUUGGAACGCGCUUCCAGUUACAUGCAGCAAGAGACCCUGACACCGCUGCGCAUUCGGUGCGCAGUUACAAACUGAGCAGGGAUGACAAUUUCGAGAUUGAUUUUAGGAAGGGCGAUGAAGACAAUAUACCUUUUUUAGUGUUGAAAAAGCCGCUGGACAGAGAGAGUAAACAGACCCAUCGAUUGCUACUUACAGCUAUAGACGGUGGAAAUCCACCGAAGUCUGGCAGUCUAAAUAUAAGCAUUACUGUCCUGGACUCAAAUGACAAUCGUCCAGUUUUUAGUCAAGACACAUAUGUGAUCACACUGCAAGAAAAUACUGCACCUGGAACAAUAGUCCUUAGAGUUAAUGCUACCGAUUUAGAUGAAGCUUUAAAUGGGGAAAUUGAAUAUGCCCUCGGAAAAACCCUGAAACGUAGAGUUUAUGACAUCUUUCAACUGGAUAAAAUAACAGGUGAAAUAUCUGUGAAAGGACAGGUAGAUUUCGAAGAUACAGAAGUUUUUAAACUGGACGUGCAGGCUACGGAUAAAGGGCAGCCUCCUUUGGCAGCAGAAAGCAGAGUUGUCAUUAAGAUACAAGACGUAAAUGACAACAAGCCAGAAAUUGAAAUUACCUCCUUGCUGAACUUAGUUCCAGAAGAUUCUAAGCCAGGGACUGUCAUCGCCUUAAUCAGUGUUACAGACAGAGAUUCUGGUCCCAAUGGAAAAGUAACAGUUAAUCUGUCAGAAAACGUGGGUUUUGAGUUGAAACCUUCCAUUCAAGAAAAUAUGUAUUCCCUCGUAACAAAGGCACGUUUGGACAGAGAGGAGACUUAUUUUUAUGACAUCACAAUUACCGCGUCAGACCUGGGUCAGCCUCCUCUGUUCGCAUCCAGGAUAUUGAACGUGCAGGUAUCAGACGUAAAUGAUAAUGCACCAGAAUUUCCUCAAAAUCCUCUUGAACUAUAUCUAAUGGAAAACAAUGGUCCUGGUGCAAGCAUACUGUCCGUCAGUGCAACUGAUAAAGACUUGAAUGAAAACGCUGCCAUCUCAUACAAUCUAGUAAGAGGCGACGGCUUACAACAUGAUAUGUCAGCUUUCCUUAAUGUCAAUUCUGAUAACGGAAAUAUCUACGCACUUAAAAGUUUUGACUUUGAAACUAUGAAAACUUUCAAAUUCCACGUAGUGGCCACAGACUCGGGAACCCCACCACUCAGUAGCAACGUUACAGUUAACGUGUACAUUUUGGAUCAAAAUGAUAAUGCUCCAGUUAUCUUGUAUCCAAUAAAUACUAACGGUUCCGCUGAGUGUAUAGAAGAGGUUCCGCGUAAUGUGAAUCCUGGAUAUUUAGUCAGUAAGGUGAGGGCCUACGAUGCAGAUAUCGGUUACAAUGGCUGGCUCCUGUUUUCUCUUCAGGAAAUAACCGAUCACACUCUCUUUAGUUUGGAUCGAUACACUGGACAAGUCAGAACACUUAGGUCAUUUACAGAAACGGACGAAGCUCAGCACAAAAUGAUCAUUCUCAUCAAGGACAACGGAAACACCUCACUCUCCGCAACAGCCACAGUUAUUGUGCAUGUCGUGGAACCUAAAGAGGCGUUUGCUGCCUCCAAUACUAAGAACACAGUGACAAGUGAAGACGACAACAACGUAACAUUCUACCUGAUCAUCACCCUGGGUUCAGUUUCGGGCCUUUUUCUAAUCAGUAUCAUUGUGCUGAUUGUGAUGCAGUGCUCAAAACCAUCAGACUACACAUCCAAAUAUUUGCAAGACACGAACUAUGAUGGAACUCUGUGCCACAGCAUCCAGUACAGAUCUGGUGAUAAAAGAUACAUGCUGGUUGGGCCCAGAAUGAGUAUCGGUUCUACUAUAGUUCCUGGCAGCAAUGGAAAUACUCUGGUUGUACCUGAUCGCAGGAGUAGAGCAUCUUGUGAGGUAAGGGUUCAAAAUAAUUCUAUGUUUUUUUUAACGCUAUCGGAAACAGACUAG